GUUUUUGUUGACUUCCUGAAGCCGAAUGAGAAUACGGCAUUGGAUAUUUUCUUCAGAUUAGCGGAUUAGUCCUGUCGGCUUUUUUAUGGGAAGGUUAUGUGCAUUGAUGGUUAAAGCUUUGCGUAAUGAAAUUUACUAACUGAUAAAUCCAGAUUGAAGCAAAAAUAUCUGGGCCGUAAGGACAAUUAUUCACCAUUCAAGCAUCACUGCACUGCUUAGUAUCUGAUCCUACAUUUCGAUAUUUUAUUUGCCAAAAAAAGGCAUAGGCAUAGAUAAAUAUGUGGUUUCUAAAUUUAGUAGGAUGGCUUUCAUUUCUUCUACAGAUCUGUUUCUUCACUUUUGCCACAGCGGCAUGCCUGUACUACCUGGCUGAGCUGGUGGAGGAGUACUCUGUGGCAGCCGGCCGCUUUAUCCGCUGGACGAUCCUGGUGGUGUUUGUGAUCCACGUCGGUGUGCUGGUGUUUGAGCCGCUGCCGCCGCACGUGCCCGUCUGCGGUAUGGUGGGUCUGCUCACCAUGCUGCUGGUGAUGCGCACCUUCCCCUACGUCGAGCUGCUCUCGCCCUCCUUCCUGCUAGCGUGCGUGCUGCUGGUGGUAAAUCACUAUCUGGCCUUCCAGCAUUUCACGUCAGAAUACUAUCCAUUCCACGAGGUCAUCGGCUACUUCGUGGUGUGUCUGUGGUUGGUGCCACUGGAGCUGCUCGUUUCCCUGUCGGCAAACGAGAACGUACUCCCCACGAUGGCCGACAACAGCUUACAUCGGCGAGAUGACGACGUUCUCAGCAAUUACUUCUCGAGGAAGGGUAAGAAGAAAGGACUUCUGAGUUUGUUCAGCUAUGCCAAAGAAGGUCUCCUUCCCGUGCGGAACAAGAAGUCCUACUGACGCGUGGUCUCCUGCAGCGUGUGGAGCCGCGUACCCUUCAGAAUGUGACCUGGACCCACUCAGGUCAGUCCGUGUCCGCGUCACCGAGGCGUUCACCCUCGGCGCUGGCUCAGACAGAGACUGAACUUGUUACUCAGCCCGGGGAAGGCCGCAGUGGCUGGCUGGUCCCAUCCGCUCCGCUCCUACCUUCGGCCGCUCAGAGGAUGUGUUGGAGGGCUUGUUCGGCAGCUGGACGCCCUGUGUAUCGCGAACGCCCUUCCAGUGCCACCCUGCACUGACAUGAGGUGCGGUCGCUGUGUUGGGGGCGUGGGAUCCGCGGUGAUCGGCCAUGUAUUCGACUGCUGUGCGAUGCUCCAUGGUCCAGUUGACUCGUGUGAUACGUACGGGGCGGACAGGCGCUCUCCGUAACGGUGUUUUAUAUCGAUGCUGUGCCUACGUUUGUGGGUGAGAGAGGCGGCUCUCAGGACAACGUGGUGGAGCUGUUAGCCUGGGUGGCUCCGCUCACAUGCCAACUGAUAUCAGCCUUGUGUUUUACCGCCUGUAAGUGAUCAGUCCGUGUAUGUACCAGCGUUCAGCAGUGAGUUACUGUUUUCCCACUGGUUGGCUAUACUGCCGUCAGUCAUAACUCUACGGCGGUUGCCAGCCGUCGCAGCUCCCCCUCUCGACCCCCCGCGGUCAGGUAGCGGUCUGCCUUCGAUUUCUCCGUCGGUGGGCUGUCGGAAUCGACGGCGGGUCGUCGGAAUCGACGGGGUUCUCCCCGGGGUGCCGCUGCCGCCGCCGUCAGCGUGACAGACGCGCGGCGACGCCGGUGGGGAGUGAGGUCAGGUUUUGCCACCACAGGCCCACUCGAUGUGCGUGGACCCGACGGGCCGCUGUCGGUAUUCGUUCCCGUGUUCAAAUGAACGCAAGUGAUGGUAUUUAAACAAUGCGUGGUGUGUGUGGUGAUUGUGGUGAGACGGGCAGGUUUUGAGAUGCAUUACGUGAUUUUGGGAGCGCCUUCGCUCCGGUUUGUUGUUGCUCUGGGGUGUUUUAAGAAGCUGGGUAUUUCAAUAAAUCUGCCUGGCAGCCCACGUUUU